AUGGCGCCGCGGCCGUUGCCAAGGUCCCGGCAGCAGCAGCCGCUUGGAUUUGCAUGCGAAGGGCUGAGCCCUGGCGUCGGAGCCGAGGCGCGGGAAGGGCCGCCGAGGGCAUGUGAACAGCCCCCUGCCCCGCCGGAGCGUCCGGGUAGAGCGCGCGGAAAUGUGUGGAUGGGGGCUUUCGGAUCCACAAGGGACUUGAGCCUUUCCCAAAGGUCCCAAAGAGACCUUUUAGAAUUAAGUCAUGAGUAAGGGACGCGGGUGGCCCUGUGGGUUAAACCACAGAGUCUAGGACUUGCCCAUCAGAAGGUCGGCGGUUUGAAUCCCCGCGACAGGGUGAGCUACUGUUGCUCGAUCCCUGCUCCUGCCAACCUGGCAGUUCAAAAGCAGAAAAGUGCAAGUAGAUAAAUAGGUACCACUCCAGUGGGAAGGUAAACGGUGUUUCCGUGCGCUGCUCUGGUUUGCCAGAAGUGGCUUAGUCAUGCUGGCUACAUGACCCGGAAGCUGUACGCUGGCUCCCUCAGCCAAUAAAGUGAGAUGAGCGCCGCAACCCCAGAAUCGGCCACGACUGGACCUAAUGGUCAGGGGUCCCUUUACCUUUACUUAAGGAACCUGUGGCUCUCGAUCUUGCUGGGGGGACACUGACUGAACUGGGUUCAUGCUUACACGGAUACCUGGAUGGCGUGAUUCCUUUAAGGCAAAGGGGGGGGGGGGUUCGGUGAGUAGGUCAACGUUUGACCUUCUGGAUAUUUGCUGAACUUCAUCCAUCCCCGACUAUUGCCUGGGGGGCUGAUGGGAGUUGUAGUUCAGCCACAUCUUUAGUGCCUCGGUUGACUAUCCACCCCUGCUUUAAGUGGAACAAUUUAGCACCUGGAAUUGAAAGGGGGGGAAGGCAAUAAGCUUUGUACACCCAACCAACUAUUGGCCCCAAUGUGUAGUGUUUGUAGGGAAGGGAAGGAUUAGAAGGAUUGUAGGGAAGGAUUAGAAGGAAUCCCCCCCCCCCAUGGCCAUUGGAAUGCCUUGGCUGCUUCCAAGUUCCCUAGGACAAAAUUCCCUUUUGAGGCUUCAAUUUCCAAGUGGCUACAUGUCAGUGAUGGAUGUGGCCUGUGGGCUACCAAGCACAACAUUAGUACAUACAUACAGCACAUACCAUACAUGCAUACACACAGAGAGAGAGAGAUCUAACUGAUUAUCUCCACUUUCAAUUCUGUAAUGCCAAGGUUGCAGGUUCGCUCCCCAUUUGGGACAGCUGCAUAUUCCUUGCAUUGCAGGGGGUUGGAUUAGAUGAUCCUCAGGGUCCCUUCCAACUCUUUGUGUGGCUAUUGCCUUUGUUUCUGCAUCCAAAAAUAAGCUUAAGACAAACACUGCAGAAGGGAUAGAACUAUUUGGUCAUAAUACCAGAGGAAAUAAACAGGAGCGUUGCUGGCAAUCUUUAUAAAUCACAUAAGCAUGGAAGUCUGUGGUUUGAGGGAUGUCGCAAUUUCACAAGGAUUUGGUACACAGUGUGACUUCAAGGAGAAGAAAAACAUCUUCUUAGGUAAUAAACACAAUGAUCAAGCCUUCUGCUUCUCACAUACUCCGCAAGAGACUCCCUACUCAUGUCUCAGCAUCUCCCUGUUGCCAGUUGCAGUCAUUAGAGGACAGGCAGAUUUGUCAACUUUCUCUUUCCCAGGACUCUUGCUAGCCAGAAAUGCAGCAGGUGAUGUUUCUCUCACUCGCUGAAUUUCAUAUGACAAAUUCCUAAGAGUCCUGCCUCUGUCUGUUAAAGGCACCAGAUUCUUAGAGGAUAUUUAAUCUAUCUUAACAGUACGGAGGCAAGAUCCUGUUCCUGAGGCAGUGCUUGUAGUUGCAACUCUGUAGAGCAGGGGUAGGGAACCUGUUUCAGACCAAAAACUGCAUUUCCUCAUGGGGAACCUUUAGGAAGCUACAUGGCAGUGGUGGGUGAGGGCAACCGAUAGCCAGUGUGCACAUUAAAAUGUUCAGGCACCUUCUCUCACAGUUUGUAAAUAAGAAGUAAUGUCAAAAACAUAAUUACAGGAUUUAACUUAGUACAGGAAAAAGGAAAUGCAGUUACUGUUCAUUUAGCUUUAGAACCAAUCCUUUCCCUAAGGGUGAAUAUGGCUGGCAUUUCUUUUCUCACUUGGUGUCUCAACAGCUGUUGAUUAUUCCAGUUUUAGGGAAGUAGCAGAAAGCUAGACUACAUAGAUCUUUAUGCUUGCCCAGGGAUUUUUCAGCUGGAACUUGCCAGAACUGAGUUCUGGCACCUCUCAGGUGGGUGUCAUUGCCGUUCUAAGAGAACAAGGGAGGCGUUCAUGGUGAAUUCCGGCACCUCUUUUUCUAGAAAAAUAGCACUGGUCUUGCCUUACUUUUUUGUGGCUGCAGCAGAUUGUGGGCAUAGGUUUCUCCUCAACACUCAGCCUUCCCAUUUAAACACCAAUCAGUGUCAUUCACAAUACACCAAGGAUAGGGAAACUGUCCCCUCAAACAUUGCUGGACUGCUGCUAAAGGCCUUUAGGAUGUUCUAAAUGCUUUUGGUGGUGCUGUGGGUUAAACCACAGAGCCUAGCACUUGCCGAUCAGAAGGUUGGCGGUUUGAAUCCCCGCGACGGGGUGAGCUCCCGUUGCUCGGUCUCUGCUCCUGCCAGCCUAGCAGUUUGAAAGCACAUCAAAGUGCAAGUAGAUAAAUAGGUACCGCUCCGGCGGGAAGGUAAACGGCGUUUCCGUGCGCUGCUCUGGUUUGCCAGAAGCAGCUUAGUCAUGCUGGCCACAUGAUCCGGAAGCUGUACGCCGGCUCCCUCGGCCAAUAAAGCGAGAUGAGCGCCGCAACCCCAGAGUCGGUCACGACUGGACCUAAUGGUCAGGGGUCCCUUUACCUUUACCUUAAAUGCUUUUUAAUGUUUUUAGAUCAUUUUUAAUUGUAUUUUAAAAUGUUUUAUUUUAAUUAAAUUGUAUUGUUUUAACAUUUGAUCCUUUGGAGUGAAGGGUGGGAUACAAAUGUAAUAAAUUAAUAAAUACUCAUUUCACCAACCCUGACAGUUGGUCACGUUGGCUGGGUUUGAUGAGAGUUGGACUAACAACAUAUGCAUCUGCUCCUUCUCUAUGGCGCCCAAGAAAAUUAGUCCAAAAAGGACUAAUCCUGUGGUCCUACAGUUGUAAUCCAGUGUUAAGUUAUGUAGUUUUCCGACUCAUUUUCCUGGAGUGCUGUAGAGAAGGAGCAGAUUGUAUAAACCAAAGGUUCAAGGAAGCCACAAUGAUCAUUAUGCUUCGGUCCAAGGUUGGAGGAGCAGAAAAAAAAGGCUGGCUAAGCAUCCUUGAAUCCAGGGAUCAUUCUUCCUACCAUAAAAAAGUGAGAUAAACGCAGCAAUGGGCCCUAUAUAUUCCUUUGAAGAUGGCUGUCUGGAUGGCUGACAGUUCUCUGAUAAUAGCCAGCACCAAUUGAACCCCUAGAUGAGUGAAUUCUGGUUGCUCCCUAUUCUAAUUGAACACAAGAAAAGGAGAGGGUUCAUCUCUGUGACCCACUCAAAACUGAGCUGGAACAACACAGAAUUUUUGGUUAAAUUGAGAGUGAAAUAUAUUAUUACUUUCAACCACUUCUACUGUGUCCUUGCUUCUAGCAAAUCAAGAUAACCUGGUGACAGCAAAAACUGCAAAAAAAUUUAGCAGGGGCAAUUAUAAUAAGAUCUAUUAUUUGAUUAUUGAUGUAAACCUCCAGAAUGUAUUUUGUAUAGUUAAGUUUUUACCUCUAUCUUCAGUACAUUAUGUUUUAUUUUAUUGCUAUGGCUAGUGGCUGAUGCAAACAAAGAUUCUUCUUCCCUCUCUAUCUUAUUAUUUUCAUACAUAGGGUACCUUUUAAUUUUACAUGUUUCCUGUUCAGAGUCAAGAGUUACAUAUAUCUCUGCUUGAUUAAACCUGGAACCAGCUGUUCAAGGAAGAACAUCCCAAUUUAUAAACUGUAGAAAAUUGGGUGAAAGAAAGGGAGUAUAAUAUAUGGACUAGGCAUGCCACCCCUUCAUGGAUCACUGCCUUGUCGUGGCGAAGGGGCUUGAAUAACUCAGAGAAGCUAUGAACUAUGCCGUGCAGGACACCCAAGAUGAACAGGUCAUAGUGGAGAGUUUUGACCAGACGUGAUCCACCUGGAGGAGGAACUGGCAAGCCACUCCAGUAUCCCUGCCAAGAAAACUCCAUGGACAAAGACAACAGGCGAUUUUACUUUCUUGGGCUCCAUGAUCACUGCAGAUGGUGACAGCAGCCACGAAAUUAAAAGACGCCUGCUUCUUGGGAGAAAAGCUAGACAGCAUCUUAAAAAGCAGAGACAUCACCUUGCUGUCAAAGGUCCGUAUAGUAAAAGCUAUGGUUUUCCCAGUAGUGAUGUAUGGAAGUGAGAGCUGGACCAUAAAGAAGGCUAUCUCCGAAGAAUUGAUGUUUUUGAAUUAUGGUGCUGGAGGAGACUCUUGAGAGUCCUAUGGACUGCAAGAAGAUCAAACCUAUCCAUUCUGAAGGAAAUCAGCCCUGAGUGCUCACUGGAAGGACAGAUCGUGAAGCUGAGGCUCCAAGACUUUGGCCACCUCAUGAGAAGAGAAGACUCCUGAAAAGACCCUGAUGUUGGGAAAGAUGGAGGGCACAAGGAGAAGGGGACGACAGAGGACGAGAUGAUUGGAUAGUGUUCUCGAAGCUACCAGCAUGAGUUUGACCAAACUGCGGGAGGCAGUGGAAGACAGGAGUGCCUGGCGUGCUGUGGUCCAUGGGGUCACAAAGAGUUGGACACGACUAAAUGACUAAAUAACAGCAACAACAAGGCAUGCCAAGGUCUUCCCUAUUACCGGGUAAUUAUUCAGCUGUGUGCCUUUAUGUGAAACUCAAGAAUGAAGAUUUCUUAGAAUGCCCUGGUUGGUCAUGGAAUAAGGCAAAUCACCUUUAAUUAGUACAUAGUUAAAAGUUGAUAUAGGUCCUGAUAAAAUGUUGAGGUGUUUUAAGCUGAAGUAUAGUGCCAAACUCAGGACCCGGUGGAAUUCACCUAUAGUGGCAGUGCUCCCUCUAGCAGCUGGGAUGGAGUAUUGGGCACAAGAGACUGGUGAAUUAGCUCUGGGACCUAGGCUGACUUUUACACAGUAAGAAACCUGGGUUUGUCACUGGGAAUACACCUGGCAGGGAACUGUAAUCAAUCCUAGCUCUCUCAUGACUGUAUAUAUUCAUUUGCCAACAUGUGUUUGGACGAUUCACAUGCUACAUUGUUUGGUGCACCUAAAACUAUAAUGUGAAGAAGAGGCCAAAAAUUCCAGUAGGAGUAGAAAACUCCGUACCAUUAAGUUAGGCUAUCUAUCAGGUCCUUUUUAAACUCUGGAAGUGUUAGAUUCAAAGCCUUCCAGAGUAUAUAUUCUUCUUUGCAUCUGGGAGUUAGUUCCAUUCCUGAGUUUCAUGCAAAGACAUUAUUUUGGAACAUGCUGCACAUGCCUUCUGUUUAUUGCUGUUAAUCUUGGCUUGCACCUUCGAGUUUUCUGCCACCAGAAUUCAUUCUGAAAUAUUUAGGUCAUUGUUUCUGAAACUGAGCUUAAAAGGAAACUGCUAAAGCGAGUGCACACUGGCCAAUCCUUCGGUAUAGGUAUUGCCAAUUUCCUUGUGCGUGGGCAAAGGGCCCUCUGUGAGGAGGAGUUUGCUUUUUGCUGUGAAUUUCAACUUCAAAACAUACACGCACCAAAAGCUUUGAAACAAAGACUUGGGACCACAGCCAAUCUGCCCUUCGGUAUGCAAUAGUAAUUCAAUAUCAAACGUUAUCUGAGAAGUGAAAAAUGUGAAGCUUAAAAAUGAAUUGGAAGUAGUUUCUUCGGAAACUUAGAAUCAAAGAGUUGUAGAACUGGAAUGGGUCCCCAGGGCCAUCUAGUCCAACCCCCUGCAAUGCAGGAAUCACAACUAAAGCAUCCUCGACAGAUGGCAGGCCAACCUGAGCGUAAAAGACUCCAGUGAAGGAAAGUCCACCUUCACUGUUACUGUUUUGAAUUUUAUCGUGUUAUCAUCUUUCUUAGUGGGUAGCAUGAACUGCUCUUCUAAAGAAUGCUUUUUUAUAGGGCAGCAGAUUGGGUUUAUAGAAUCAAGGGGGCAGGGGUCCAAAAAAAAUUGGGAACCACUGCUUUAGACAAUCACAUGUUUCCCAUAAAUGGGACCUUUUCACCUCUCAAGCUUCCUCCUAUGUGGAAAACACCAUCUACUGCCACACAACAGUGACAAGUUUGCUCUGGGCAACUUUGACACAGACAGUUGAGGAUUUGGCAGAAAGGAUAUUAUCUUGGAUGAAACAAUGAACAUUAAAUCAGUGUUUCCCAAACUUGGGUCUCCAGGACCAGUGGCCAACUGGUAUAUAAUGAGAAUUAUAGUUCAAAAACAGCUGCAAAACCAAGUUGGGGAAACACUGGUUUAAACUGUAAGCUCCUCAGUGCAGGGACCUCAGUCUCCCUACCAUGCCGUUCUCAGUCAAGAGACAUUUCCUUAAAAGGAAAUUUCUGAUUUGGUAGUGGCAAUACCAAGAAGGCCUUUUGUAGGCAGUCUAUUUGAAUGAAAGAAGUUAAUAAUACAAUCAGCCUGAAAGCAAUUCAAAGCUAAUGAACAUGAGGACUGUGUUUGGAAUAUUCUUAUAAUAGGAAGUACUUAGCUGUGUCCUUGGAGUCAGUCCAAGCUUUUUAAAACCUCUUUGAAACGGGAGAUUUUUGUUUUUCCUUACGUAUUCGGCUAUCUAAGAUGAUAAAUCAGUACUUUAAGGCUCUCUCUCUCUCUUUCUCUGAUCCUCUUUUACCUUCCAAAACAAAUUGCAAAUAAAUAGCCAAUUAGCUCUGAGGUUAAAUUUGUAGGUACUUAUUUUCAUCUCUGUAACUAUGUCCUUUAAUUUACAUGGGAGAGGGGGAGGAGCUGUUACAUUGCAAACAAGAGCCAGCCUUUUGGCGAGUCCCUAGACUUACUAGGCACAAUUCCACCUUAGGCAGAAACUCAAAUAUAGAUCAGGCUCUGUAUUGUGAUUGCUUUCAGCAGUAUCUUUUCUUAUCGGCAUUAUUACUCAAUAAGACACAGUGGGGCGGCAUCCCUUCCUUGCACAGCAGAUUUCACUUUUGCAAAUGCCAGCUGAGAUCUGUCUCUACCCACCACUCACUUCCUGUUCAUCCUCUUUUCUUGCACUUAUGUUAUUAAUGAGAUCAUGCUAAGAGUCCUGCUGAAUUAGGCCAAAGGCACAUCCUGUUGUCUCAGUGGCCAACCUAUAGGAAUCCCGUAAGCAGGACCUGAAUGCUACAACACCUUCCCCACUUGUGAUUUCCAGCAACUGGUACAGACCUUCCAAGUGUCCCAGAUUUCCAGGGACAGUCGGAUUUACAGAAGCUGUCCUAGUUUCUGAUUUGAUGCUAGAAUGCUCCGCUUUUCCUUAGGAUGUCCCUGUUUCCAUCAGAGAAAUGUUGGAGGGUAAUAGGAUCUCCUCAGGGGGUUUUUCCCUGAUGGAACUUGCCAGAACUCAGUUCUGGUGCCUCUCUUGUGGGCACCAUUGCCAUUAUAAGAGAAGAAGGGGGGUGUUCAUGGUGAGUUCUAGCACCACUUUUUCUGGAAAAAUAGCACUGGACGUCCAUAUUUUGAUCUGGGAAAUGUUGGAGGGUAUGGAAUAGGAUGCCCCUAUUUUCAUCUGGGAAAUGUUGGAGGGUAUGCCAGGGGUAUUCUGAAGGCAGAACAUAACCUUCAUGGCUGAUAGCCACUGAUAGCCCUCAGCACCUAUUAUAUUAAAGAAAGUGAAAAAUGCGUUUCUGCUGGGGUUGUGUCUUUUUUCAAAAAAAAUAUAGCUUUCAAAGCUUGUGGCAUUUCUUUCUGCACUUGUCCAUUUCUAGUCGCAUAUCUCCAACCAUAACAAAAGCCACAGGAAUUUAGAAAAAAUAUUUUAGAUCCAGAUUGCAUGCUUUUUGUUACUGACAUCUUAGUGAAAACGAUUAAACUCAAGUUCUGUUGAUUUCAGUGGGAAUGCAUUGCAACGAACUUGAUCUGAAUCCAGGGUCAGCAUCCUUGUCACUUGCAGAAGCCCCAGACAAUUACAGGUAUCCCACUUUCGGUACCUGAAACCUUUUGACCCAGCUGUUGUUAUUUAUUUAUGACAUUUAUAUACCACUAUGUCCACACACAGAAGAUGUCAAAGCGGUUUACAGCAAUGGAACAUAAAACCAUAAAAUAAGAACCACAGAAAAAGUUUAAAUCUUGCGAGAGGUCUGACCUCAUUGUUUGCAGAGGUCUUUUGAGAUUAAGCCAAGGAUCGUGUAAAAUCCAGUCAACGGCUGCAGGUUGCCCACUGCUCUGGAACAUAUAUGCGUAAAUGACUUAAGCACCUAGUCUCCAGAGUCUAUGGAAGGCUGAAGGCUGAAGCAAAACAGGCUUGUGUCAGAUCAAUUACCUGGAUGGGAUACUUUCUGGAAGUCACUUGUUUGCCGCUUUGAACUCCAUGAUGGAAGAUGCAUGAGAUAUACAAGAAAGCAAGACAAUGAAUAAAUGAAUGAACACGCAUUCAAUCCUGCUUGCAAUACGGUAUACAGAACAAGGAAUGCAUGCUGUCAGGUUACCAGAGGCAGCAAUGGAGUUCACGCCAUACAGAAGCUUAAUUUAAACUUGUUCUUGUUGCAAAAAUAUGAUGUUAGUGAGAGGCCAGAGAUAGGACACCAGGAACAAGGAGCAAUGUCUGAAGAGCAUUUGCUACUCGUGUACAUGCAUACAUGACAGAUUGCUGUGUCUGCUGUAAAUACAAAUUAGGGAACCAGAAGUGCAAGGGGACCUAAACAAAGGGGCCUAAAGAAAUGAAGGGGUGCCAAUCCUCCCAUUUUUCAAAACAGACAAAGUCUUUCAUGGUGUAGAAAGAAGGUGUAGAAAAGAGGCCCAGACAAAGGCCUCAGACACUUGGGGUACCCCUACUGAGUAAAUAUGCAUAGGACCGAGCCGCAACUGUGUCCCUAUUUUCAUCUGUUAAAAACAUGUCACAUGGGGAAUGUUGAGACUAGCAUCUGACUCAAGAACGUUUGGAGAUAAAAUGCCACAUAUGCUUUGAAUGAUCCCCAAUGUAGCUGAGCCCCAAGACACGAUAAGCAUUUUAAAAGCGGGUCGCAGAACGAAACAACAAACCAGAGCGCAUGUGAGACAUUGUCUGCCAUAGUCUGGGAGAGUUUGUGGUUGCUACUGGAAACGGGGGUGAGGGGGGGAAAGCUUUGGAAGUGGGCAGAACAAUAUCUGGACGGGGUCAGGGCUGCCUUGCCAUUGAGAGGUCUCGUUUUCUGGGCCUGGUCUCCCCCCCCCCCCAGCCCUCCCCCUCUCUUUGUAUGCAGAGAGCACAUGAGAUGACUGUGCAAGGGACAAAAGAUGGUGGGAAAAGAAGGGGAAACCCAUUUGUAUUAGUAGCUGUGCCCAUAAGACACUUGCAAUCCCAUUUUUUAAAAAAAUAAAGAUGCAUCACCUUUUGCUUUCAUAAAGCACCUCAUUUUGGGGACAUCCAAUGUAUGGAAGCUAACUGUUGGAAGAGUCAGGGCAGAUAACAGAACGUACUUCUUAAUGUAAAAGGUAAAGGGACCCCUGACCAUUAGGUCCAGUCGCGGACAACUCUGGGGUUGCGGCGCUCAUCUCGCUUUAUUGGCCGAGGGAGCCGGCGUACAGCUUCCGGGUCAUGUGGCCAGCAUGACUAAGCCGCUUUCUGGCAAACCAGAGCAGCACACGGAAAUGCCAUUUACCUUACCGCUGGAGUGGUACCUAUUUAUCUACUUGCACUUUGACGUGCUUUUGAACUGCUAGGUUGGCAGGAGCAGGGACUGAGCAACAGGAGCUCACCCAGACGCAGGGAUUCGAACCGCCGACCUUUUGAUCAGCAACCUUAGGCUCUAUGGUUUAACCCACAGCGCCACCCGCAUCCUUUACUUCUUCGUGUAAUGCUUAGUUAAACUAUGGAAUUCGCUCCCACAUGAGGCAGUGAUGGCCACCAACUUGGAUGGCUUUAAAGAGGAUUGGGCAAAUUCACAGAGGAGGAGAGGGCUAUAGUCUCCCUGCUUAUUUAACUUAUGUGCAGAAUUCAUCAUGCGAAAGGCUGGGCUGGAUGAAUCACAAACCGGAAUUAAGAUUGCCGGAAAAAUUAUCAACAACGUCAAAUAUGCAGAUGACACAACCUUGAUGGCAGAAAGUGAGGAGGAAUUAAAGAACCUUUUAAUGAGGGUGAAAGAGGAGAGUGCAAAAUAUGGUCUGAAGCUCAACAUCAAAAAAACUAGGAUCAUGGCCACUGAUCCCAUCACCUCCUGGCAAAUAGAACGGGAAGAAAUGGAGGCAGUCAGAGAUUUUACUUUCUUGGGCUCCAUGAUCACUGCAAAUGGUGACAGCAGUCAUGAAAUUAAGAGACGCCGGCUUCUUGGGAGAAAAGCAAUGGCAAACCUAGACAGCAUCUUAAAAAGCAGAGACAUCACCUUGCUGACAAAAAUCCGUAUAGUUAAAGCUAUGGUUUUCCCAGUAGUGAUGUAUGGAAGUGAGAGCUAGACCAUAAAGAAGGCUGAUCGCCGAAGAAUUGAUGCUUUUGAAUUAUGGUAUUGGAGGAGACUCUUGAGAGUCCCAUGGACUGCAAGAAGAUCAACCUAUCCAUUCGUAAGGAAAUCAGCCCUGAGUGCUCACUGGAAGGACAGAUCCUGAAGCUGAGGCUCCAAGACUUUGGCCACCUCAUGAGAAGAGAAGAGUCCCUGGAAAAGACCCUGAUGUUGGGAAAGAUGGAGGGCACAAGGAGAAGGGGACGACAGAGGACGAGAUGGUUGGACAGUGUUCUUGAACUACGAACAUGAGUUUGACUAAGCUGUGGGAGGCAGUGGAAGACAGGAGUGCCUGGCGUGCUCUGGUCCAUGGGGUCACGAAGAGUCGGACAUGACUAAACGACUAAACAACAACAACAAAAAAGCCUUGAUGGCUGUGCUCUGCCUCCAUGGUUGGGAGGCAGUAAUGCUUCUGAAGAACAGUUCUGGAAAUCACAGGAGGGAAGAUUGCUGUUGUGAUUGAGUCCUGCUUGCAGGUUUCCCACAGGCAUCUGGAUGGCCAUUGUGUGCGGACGAGGAGGCUCUAGAUGGGCCAUUGACCUGAUCCAGCAAAUGCUUCUUACGUUCUGUUUUUAGAUCACUUUCUAAUAGUAACAUAAGAUGAGCCCUACUCUAGAUCAGAACAAAGGCCUACCUACUUUAGGGCUGCCAUACAUCCAGAUUUUCCCAGGCAUUGCUGGGAUUUCAAACGCGGAAUUGAUGUCCGGGGGGAAUUUCCGAAAGGUGGUGCUUUGUCCUGGAUCCUAAUAAUAAUAAUAAUAAUAAUAAUAAUAAUAAUUUAUCCUUUAUACCCUGCCCAUCUGGCUGGGUUUCCCCAGCCACUCUGGGCGGCUCCCAACAGAAUACAUAAAAAAGCGACAAAACAUCAAACAUUAAAAACUUCCCUAUACAAGGCUGCCUUCAGAUGUCUUCUAAAAGUCAGAUACAGUGGUACCUCGGGUUACGUAUGCUUCAGGUUAUAUACGUUUCAGGUUACAGACUCCGCUAACCCAGAAAUAGUACCUCGGGUUAAGAACUUUGCUUCAGGAUGAGAACAGAAAUAGUGCUCCGGCGACAUGGCAGCAGCGGGAGGCCAAAUUAGCUAAAGUGGUGCUUCAGGUUAAGAACAGUUUCAGGUUAAGAACAGACCUACAGAACGAAUUAAGUUCUUAACCCGAGGUACCACUGUAGUUCUUUAUUUCCUUGACAUCUGAUGGGAGGGCAUUCCACAGGGCAGGCGCCACGACCAAGAAGGCCCUCUGCCUGGUUCCCUGUAGCUUCACUUCUUGCCUUGAGGGAACUGCCAGAGCUUGACCUUAGAGCUGGACUUUGAGGUUUGUCUAAAAACAGCACAACUGGUUCUGGUUUUUACUUUUUGAAAUAUGGCAACCCUAGCCUAGUUGAACAUUCUGUUAUCACAUUGGCUGUCCAGAUGCUUAUGGAAAACCCACAAACUCUCUCUAUCCUCUCCCCACUUCUGUUCCCCAGCAACUGGUAUGAAACUGUAAGAAAUGUACGGCCAUCAUGACAUGGAAAUAUCUUGGGUCUUGUGGUGCAGUGGUUGCGCUAAUACAUUUCACUAGCAUGCCUGUCAACUGCCUGCUAAGUGGGACAUCCCAGCUUCUGGUUGUAUCCUGGUAUUGUCCCAAAUUAGAUGAAAGAACAUGACUAAGAGGUCUAUUAAUUUCAGUGGGUCUAAGUGAAACUUAACUGAAUGUCACUCACUGAAAUUAAUGAACCUUAGUCAUGCCUCUUAACCUCAGUAGGUCUACUCUGAGUAGGGUUGGCACUGGAUGCAACCUUGUAUCUUCCAACUGUGUCAAAAAUAAAAGAAAUGCACUUGGAGAAUAACUUUGUAAAAACAAUAACAAGCAGCAGCAUUUGAUUGUUUAAAAAGGAGGAAGAUUAAACAGAGUUGAAGAUUGCUUUAAGAGAGAUUUGCUGUCUCUUGUGUGAUAUGGGGGGGGGGCAUUUUCCUGUGCCUUUACUCUCUGCCUGGCAGUGGCCCAACUUGAACAUAGUUGAUUUAAUUAAAGAAUGGCAACCAAUAUUCCUAUGCCCCUUGGCUGUAUAGUCUGACUUUGCUUCUGAAUUAACAUCUCCACUUGAUUAAAAAUGGGAUGUCAAGAAAGCCAAGUUGGAUCUUUAAACACACACAGAGGCACACACCUUUCAACCAGUAUUUCAUAAAGAGCUGUAAAAUUUGGCUGCAUGUUGUGUUGUGUGUUUUAUCUGUGUUUCUUAUUUAAUCAGUAAGGAAAACUCACACUACAUUCCAUGCUAGGGGCAAUGCCAGUUGAGUUUUUCUGCUGUUUAUCUAUUUUCCAAUAGUGGGCAAAACAUUCGUAGUGCGAUCUCUUAAACCAUUGCUGCAAGCAGUCAAUUAUCUGCUGCUCAGGUCAAUGGGACUGCUGGAAUCCCAUCACCCCUUUAAACAUAAAGAGUUCUGCUGGAAGACAUCUUCAUUUGAAAUUCUGUGUGGUCCAAGUCUGGUUUCAAGAACCAUAAGUAAAAAUGGUAAAAGGUAAAGGACCCCUGGAUGGUUAAGUCCAGUCAAAGGCAACUAUGGCGUUGCGGCGCUCAUCUCACUUUCGGGCCAAGGGAGCCGGCGUUUGUCCACAGACAGCUUUCUGGGUUAUGUGGCCAGCAGGACUAAACCGCUUCUGGCGCAACGGAACACCAUGACGGAAACCAGAGUGCAUGGGAACACUAUUUACCUUCCCACCACAGCAGUACCUAUUUAUCUACUUGCACUGGCGUGCUUUCGAACUGCUAGGUUGGCAGGAGCUGGGACAGAGCAACAGGAGCUCACCCUGUUGCGGGGAUUCGAACCACCGACCUUCUGAUCGGCAAGCCCAAGAGGCUCAGUGGUUUAGACCACAGCGCCACCCUCUUCCCACCCAGAACCAUAAGUAGAGAGAGAGCAUCAGGGCCCUUGAAGUUGCCUAUCAACAGUUGCCACCUAGACAGCAACCUGUGCAGGCACCAAAGUCACAGUAUUCCCUACUGUGGUGAAAUAUGUGUUGUAUUCCUAUUUAAAUUAUAGACUUCAUUUCUAGAUUUGCACCUAAACAUAUAAAUUCACGUGUGCUGAUUUUAAGCAAAAAAAAUAUUGGGGGGGGGGGGGUUGAGGCAUUUCUUCUUUUUCACCGAUGAGCAAGUGGUUUCCCUAGCUCGGUGGUUCUGCAGUGAGAAGAUCACUGCUGGCCGUUUUGCUUAUUGGAAAGGCAACUUGACCAUGGUUAUGUCUGCCAGGGAGUACUGCGGUUCAAAGUUAACUGCUUAUUUAACUCCCUGGGGUUUCGCUUCUAUGGUGGCAUGGCCAGCCAAUUGUGCACCAAAUUUACCCCAAUUGUGGAGUAAUGCACAGUGGUUGCUUUCAGAUUUUAGCGCAAGGCCCACUAACCCUUUGGGCCACUUGGGCGCAUUGCAAGUCAGAGAAAUGGAUGUGUUUACUGCUUGUACAUGCCACAACCAUGCACUCACACUCAUUAUCCCUCCCUUGAAGCAAACUGACUUUGAAACCCCACAGAAAAAGUCCUGAAACUGUUUUGUCCCUCCCAAAUUGACCUCAAAUAUUUCUCUGCAAGGUUGAAGGAAAAUGGAAAAGCCUCCCCAUUGUGUUUUCCUUCAUAAAUCCUGUCUUAAAGGUAUGUCUGUGUAAGAAUAGGGUGAGCCUGUGACCUGGCUCAGAAACUAAGUAUUUGUCAUUACGAAAGACUGGCCAGGCUCCCCAGGCCAGGCUCCCCAGGGUAUCCAAUCAAGUAACCAUUAACAGGUAACCUGCCAGACAGGAGAUAAGCAACGCACUCAGAUUUCUGUUGUAGACCGCCCUUUCUGUGAUGUAGGUAUGAUGUAUCUGGGGGGUGGUCUUGAGCUCCACCCCUUUCUGUGAUGUAUGUAUGAUGUAUGGAGGGGUGGUCUUGAGCUCCAGGGCAGGGAAUUUAAAAUAUCUAUACGUAUAAGGGCAGGCACACCUUUGUUCAGGGUCCUCCUCCUUGUUGCAACAGUUUCAAUACAGAUCAGGCUUACUAGCUGCUUUGCUUCCCAAUAGUCUCUAGUUGGCCUCUGUUAUUUUCUGUGACUGAUGGAGAACCUACAAAGGACUCUAUAAGGGCUCUUGUGUCCCCCAUAAGGGAAUAAGGGCAAAUUUUUGUUUAUUACAUUUCCCUUCACCCCAACCCUAAUGGAGGGUGACUCUGGGUUCUGAAAUCUUCAGAAAAAUCACCCACAUGCAAGACUUAGGCUUUUUGGGGAGGUGGGGGGAUUUUUUUCUUGUGGUCAAAGUGAAGAGGUUUUCUUUCAAGCCUAAUUCCAUCUCUGGAUGUGGAUUGAAGAUGCUCCUGGGGUGCAGUUUCUUGUAGGAGAGAAGCAACACAGGUUAGCUAAAUGCAGUUCCUUAUCUUCUUGAGUGCUCGGUAGUCAUUCUAUUAUUUUCUCCAACCUUACUAGGUUCUUCUUCCUGUAAAACCCCCUGCUUCUUCCUGAUUCAAGUGGACCUGAAUACAAUUCCAAUGAGCUGCACACCCACAAUAUAUUUACAUGCAACAACAACAGCAACAACAGAACCUGGAGGAAACAACUAAUUAUAAUUAUAGUUCAACUGUGAAACUUCAAGGUCUUCAAAUUCUUGAUUCUGAGAAACUAAGUGUGAUGCCAGCAAAGAUUUCUAUUCUUUCUUUGUUUUCUUUUUCUUAAAAAGAGACUGUAAAAGGGGAUUUUUUUGAAGUCUAAACAGUAAACUAGCAAGUGCAUGGGAGCUGCAGAACAUGCAUAAUAGCCUCAAUUCAAGCAGAAGAAAAACUCAGCAUGGUUUUCUUUUGGGGUUGAUUUUAUUUCAUUUUAAAUUAAAAUAUGCGAU